AUGAGUUCGCAACGAUAUGAGAGGGUAUCUGCGAAUGAUGAUACCCCUCCGACACCUACAUCCCCUCCACCAUCCUUCCGAUCGCGAACCUCUUCUCCUUCUUCACGACACCACAUAGCGCCCGUCGAUCAGAAUCUAGCGGAUACAUUUGGUGAUGAUGGAUCUGAUGAUGAGGAUAAUGAUGGAGAUGAUAGACAACGAUUAAUGCGUGGGAAUCCUUCAUCGUCGACGGAAAGGCUGACUACGGAAACGCCGGGUGAUGAGAACCGACCAGCGACUCAGAGGACGGUGACGACACUGCCGACAUUUGUACCACCAACUGGUGGAAGAGUGUAUGGUGGUGGUUCAGGGUCUGAUGGUGUUUUUGCAAAUCUAAGUGCUAAACCUGAGAGAGGCGAGAAACAAGAGGAACAUCCCCCUACAUAUGAACAAGCCGCGGCAGAUGCAGCUCCACCAUAUUGGGAAACCACCAUUCUCGCACCCGGACUUGGUGGGCUAGACGAAGUAUAUGUUGAAGGUCUUCCAGUUGGAUCCUUAUUCUCUUUUGUCUGGAACGGCAUGAUAUCGAUGUCAUUUCAACUCGUCGGUUUCCUCCUCACAUAUCUCUUACAUACUACACACGCCGCCAAGAAUGGUUCUCGUGCUGGUCUCGGAAUUACACUCAUCCAAUAUGGUUUCUACAUGAAAGGCACAGGGAAUGUUGUCACGCCACCAUCAGGUGGGAAUGAUGCAUCAUAUGCUCAACCUCCCGAUCCAAAUAGCCACGAUUUCGACCCAGAUAAGGUUAAUCAAGCCGCGACAGCAGGAAUGGAUUCUGGAAGCGGAGGCAUCUCGGAUAUUGCAAGUAAUGAAUGGUUUGCAUAUGCACUCAUGAUAGUGGGAUGGUUCAUCUUGAUUAGAGCUUUCAGCGAUUUCAUCCGAGCCAGGAGACACGAACAAUUGGUAUUACAAAGUCCAGAUCGAGGAUUAUCAGUGCCGAUAAUUGCGAGUGGUGAGGAGAGUGAGACGGUGGUUUAA